AAUACAGCCCUGCUGGUUCAAAUAAUUGACUCAAAUACCAGGAGCGGACACACAAUGGAGGAGAGUGCAACACGGACACAUUGCUGAUAGACUUAUCUGAUCUUUUUUAGCGAUAGUGAGAAAGACUCUGUACGUAUUUCAGAUAGUCUGGGUUUUUUUUUUUUUUUUGCAUUUUAGCGAGUUAAAGCGCUUUUAUUCGGACUCUAAACGCCAUAACUAGGAGGUUAUCAUGCCCCCCACAACCCCUUACGCAGGAAAGUUCAACUCCUGCCCUUCGUACAGCAACAAUAACCACGUUGAGCCUCCGAGCCCGUACCGCGGCGGCUCUGCCCCGAAACCGUCCAGAGACAACCUUUACAAUGGUGCCUACUCCCCAACAGAAAACCCUUACGACGUUCCACAGUCUCACAGCUCGUACCGGAGCACCUCUGUCUCUUCUGUGAGCUCCAAGGAGCACCAUUACGGCAGCAGCUGUGCGAUUUCAGAGAACCCGUACUCCCCACCACAGCCCCACAGCCCUCGCCAGCACAGCACUUCCUGCCCAGGCCGAGCGUACCGCCACACGAGCAGCAGCUGCAGCAGUGAACACUCCUGCCGUAACAAUGGGGCCGCGGCGAAAGCUCGGCUCUAUGGCCACGGCAUCGCCACCAGCUACGGGGAGAUGUGUUACCAUGACAACAGCUUGGUUUCUGCUUCUCUUGAGGCGCUGAUCCAGCAUCUGGUUCCUACUGUGGAUUAUUACCCUGAUAGGUCGUACGUGUUCACCUUCCUGCUGAGUUCACGCCUCUUCCUGCACCCUUACGAGCUCAUGACGAGGGUUUGUCACCUGUGUGUGGAGCAGCAGCGGUCUGGAGAUGCCCUGCUGGAUAAGAUCCGUUUUCGUGAGGUGGCGCCUAAACUGGUCCAACUGCUGACGGAGUGGACGGAAACCUUUCCGUAUGACUUCAGAGAUGACAGGAUGAUGCGAUGCCUUAAGGACAUGACGCUCCACGUGGCCCGAGGGGAUGAGUAUUCUUGGCGGGCUAUGCAGCAGAUGACACAGCGUCUCAUCAAGCGCCUGUCCGCUCUCGGACAGUACGAGGAGGCCGUGGCUGCGCUCAACGCCGCGGCGCAGGAACGUCCAGCUUCGCUGAAGACCAAACAGGCUUCAGCUCAAAGGACCGACAUACUGAGCGUGUGCGACGACCCCUUCAUCCUGGCUCAGCAGCUGACACACAUUGAAUUGGACAGACUGAGCUUCAUUGGUCCUGAGGAGUUCAUCCAGUCCUUUGCGAUGAAGGAUCCUCUGGAAAACCACAAGGGUUUCUUUCGAAAACGUAAAACAAGCAACCUCGAGGCCUACGUCAGCUGGUUCAACAGGCUCAGCUACCUAGUGGCUACAGAGAUUUGUAUGCCGGCGAAGAAGAAACACCGAGCACGGAUCAUAGAGUUCUUCAUCGACGUGGCUCAGGAGUGUUUCAACAUCGGCAACUUUAACUCGCUCAUGGCCAUCAUCACUGGGAUGAACAUGAGUCCGGUCGCCAGACUGAAGAAAACCUGGAAUAAAGUCAACACAGACAAGUUCGAGAUCCUAGAGCACCAGAUGGACCCGUCUAGUAACUUCAGUAACUACCGCACCGCGCUCCGCGGCGCCACCCAGAGAUCUGAGACUGCACACAGCAGCCAGGAGAAGAUUGUGAUUCCUUUCUUCAGUCUCCUCAUUAAAGACAUCUACUUCCUGAAUGAAGGCUGCGCCAACAGACUGCCUAACGGACACAUCAACUUUGAGAAACUGUGGGAGCUGGCGAAGCAGGUAAGCGAGUUCCUUGUUUGGCGUCAGGUGAUUUGCCCGUUCGACCGAGACCGGCGUAUUCUUCAGUAUCUCGUCACCACGCCCGUUUACACCGAAGACGAGCUGCACCUGGCAUCUUAUGAGAGCGAAGGACCAGAAAACAACAUGGAGAAAGACAGCCGUAGGUCUCUGAGAUCUUCCCUUCUCCAUCGAGAGAACCGCUCCUAGGACGUUUUCUCUACUUUAGAUACUUUUGAUUCAUAGUACGCUCCUGCAGAACAAUGAAUGCAGCUUGAACAUCCUCACCAAUAAACAUAAGCCUUUGUUUCAACCGUUUGGCAUUGCAAGGAGCGUCAGUGAUUAAAAAAAAAGAAACUUAAGUGCCAGAGACAUGAUGCCAACAUGAAGCAUGGAUAAAAAAAAAAAAAAAAGCAUCCAAACACACUAAAAAGGACAUAAAUGUGUAUUUCUAAGUACCAGUGGAUGGAUGUUCAACAUGUUUACAGCAGCUGAAUGGGCAGGUUCUGCUUCAUAGCAAGAGCUCUGGAGCUGACCACAUUUGGUUGCAUCAUUAUGAAACAGGAGGAGCCAGUAUUCAUUGAUUUGUGUUAUACAUUACAGGCUAUAAAUUGCUUCUAAAAAGGUGCCUGUACCUUCAAGUCAGUAAUUUUCAAUACUUAUUCACAGUUAAUCUAUCUUUAUUCGAACGGUAAAGUCAUGUGAUCACUAUUUUCAUUUUAACAAUUUGAAAUGUGUGCACUUUGGCUCAUUGUAAAGCAACAUUAUGUAAGUGGCAGCAGCAUCAUGCAAGAAAUAUGCACUCGAGUGUGUGUCCCUGUGCUGUGUAUUAUGGUAUUCUGUGACUAGUACAUAUGAGUCUUUCUGUUCUUUAAAAUCAUGUUGUAUUUUGUAUCAGAAGCUUUAAAAAAAAGUUUUUGUUUUAUUUAAUCACCAUGAGUUUCACGAUGAGCUUAUUGCAGGUUUGCUGGCUCUGUGAUGGUAAGCUUUUACAACACCAGUUCAUGUAUUAUUCAAAAGAAACAAGUAUUUGUUUAGAGUGAAGUAAAAACUGAUGUGUGUCUGUCUGUAUAAAGAAGAUCCUCUCACCUUUUAUCCCGCCUGUUGCUUUGUGCGAGAGAACCUUUCAUAUCCAGCUUUGAGUGAAGGUGAUGCUACAUUUUUCAUGUUUUUAAAAGGCAAAUGUGUCAUUUUGGUUUAUUUUUUUAAAGAUUCUUGUGUAUCUGUUAUGUUAUCAGGGGGUACUUGUAUAAAAGAUUGUUGUGAAAGAGACAUUUUCUCUUUUAAAUAAACAGAAUACCAGAAUUA